AUGGGGAUCAUGCGAGAAGAUCCCCUUCUUUUACUCCAAAAAUCCCCACCAAAAAAUCCUCCCCUUUCUUCCCCAAAUCUCUGUCAAAAUCGGGUUCCAUUUCUGCGCCGGUCGCCGUCCUUGCUCAGCUUCCUGUGCGCGCCGUACGCCGCAGCGUUUUUCCGCCCGGCCGACCGCCUCGGUCGCCGCGUGCGUGCCGCUCACCACCGCAUCGCGCGCCCGCUCCUGCCUCGCCUCGGGCCGGCCGCCGCGCCAGGCCACACGCCCGCGCGCGCAUGCAGCGCCGACCGCACCCGCCCCUGCCUCGCUCGCCGCGCCUCCUUUCCCGCCUCCCGCUCGCAAGCAGUAGCUGCAGCUGCGCGCGCCCAAGCCAGCAACCGCCCCGCUUCUUUUUCCCUUGCAUGCAGGUGCAAACGCCACACCAAGCCGCGCGCCAGCAGCGCAGCAGCUACUGCAGUGGCACAGCAGGCCAGGCUACUUUCAACUCCACGCUGCAUCUCCACAAAACCAACCAGUUCCUUGUUUCUUUUUUUUAAUCGAGCACAUCUCUUUGAUCAAACAGCAGUUCAGCAGCAGCAGUGCACGGGCGCACUCUUUUGUCCAGAUUUUUGUCCCGUGUUUUGGCCAGUCGCCACGUGCUCGACAAAAUACCCGCAUGAUUUUGGCCUCCGUUCUUUCCGCCGACCGUGUCUGUUUAUUCCUAUCCGGCGCGACCGCUACCCUUUCACCGACGCCGUCUCUCCGACAAGUGCUUCUCCGAUCUCGGCGACGAUUCAAGUUCGGCAUCGACAACCGCGCCGAGUUCGCCGACGUCUCACCGCCCAGGUCUACUUCCCGGCGUCCGACGCAUCGACUACUUCCGCUACGACACGGAGACGACGACAUGGACCGAAGACCCCGGCUUCGGCUACUUCCUCGACGUCGGCGACUUCCGCCACUUCCACUCCGCACCGGCGACCACUUUUGUUCCGCAUUUGCUUCUUCCCGGAUAGGAUCGCGAAGUGGUGUUGUGAGAUACGACAAGUCCCCCGGAUGUUCCUCGGCAACCUUUAACAGGCAAGCAUUUCCCCUAUACUUCUGCCUCUGCAGAAGUCGCUCACCUAUUUUAUUUUGCCUUCUCCCUCAUGCUAUCCUUAAGUUGCGUUCUUGUCACGUGUCCCUUCCACUUGUUACCUCAAGCAGCCUAUAUUGACUCCACCAACCACCUACAGCUAUCGUUUGGUUAUCGGGUCUGCCUUGCGAGUCGUAGUGCAUGCUAGUGCUGUUUUAUCUUGUUACCGUUGUUGUUAUCUUAUCGGGAUAUGUUGGGUUGUUGGAAGGUUAUCACAUGCUGUAUCAGUUGUUGGAGAUACACAUGUUUUACUUAAAUGUUAACAACUAAAAUUGUAAGCAGAGGCAUCUGUGAGCCCCUUUGCGAAAGCAUCGGAACUUUGACUCGCUAAUGUCCCCUAGGACCCGAGUUCUUGUUAUCUGUUCCGAGAUUGAGCGCUCUACCCAUGCGUGGGGAUUCACUGGAUCCCCCUCACCCAUUACCUUUUCUCGAGUUAGGUGAAAAGGGGGCCACAAACUUGGUUUUAUUUGGCGCAUACAUGUUUAUAUACUGUUGCCUUCGGGUGUUUACUUCCUGUUGCCUUCGGGUGGUUUAUUUCUGUACUGCACUGCAUAAUUGCUAGACGACUUAUCUAGUGCUUGGUCGUUAGUGCCCGCCUAGAUGCCUACGCAACCUCUGGGUCCGUCUCGGAGUACGGCCGAACUUCGUCACGGGUAGCUUAGUUGGGUGGCCCCCCUAGACUUUCUUGUUGAACUGGGAACGGUCUUGUUGUGAGACAUCGCCUGUAAGAAGCGGGUCGAGCAUGCGUAUGGUUACAUUUGGGCAACCCCUGCAGGGUGUACAUCUUAUCGAUAAGCCGUGUCCGCGGUUAUGGACGACUUGGAAUUGUAUAGCUUGAUCAUAGAACAACUUACACCGUUAUCUUGUUGCUAAUAAUCUGAUAAUAACUUGCGUAGUAAUAUAGCCUUACUACAACCGUUACCCAAUAAAAUCUGUCCACCGUUGAGUGCCUUUUACAUUGCCUCUUCGCAAUUGUUGGAGGGGAUAUGUGUAAUCGGCUGGGUUAUGUUUGUGUAGUAUUUUAUCUGUUACCUUAUGCGCUCUCUCACCUUCUCUGAUUAGACGGAUGUUGUAGAGUGUCUCUAUAGGUUUUUAGUGCUUGCGCUGCCGCUUAACUCCACCAUAUUGCCUAUGAUGUUCCUCUUGCGUCCUCUAAGUCCCCUGCGUGCCUCAAGUACAAAGGACGACUGGUUGACGAAUGCUUAUACGUCUUGAAGUCUUGUUAAGUACGAAUCCGUACUUAUUGCUGCUUCUACGGGAUAUAACCGGGCAGGUAUGAAGAUAUGUUCGUUGAAGACGACGUUAGCAAGGUUACCCUUCCGGCUUGGCCUGGGCAGGGUUAUGGACGCCACUAGUUAUCUUCAGGACUCUUAGUCCAAUUUGUAUCUUGUCCGUACUCGGACGUAUUCGAUCUUAUGUAUGAUUUGGAUCUUUGUAUUGUAUAUUUGUAUCUUGACUCGUUGGAGUCGUUGUUGUAAUAUAUGUAUCUUGUGGGCUCUAUUGUAAUCCUGUUGUAAUGUUACCGCUCGUGUUAAUUCCUCUGGCA